AUGUCUAGAGAACUUCCGCGUGAUCUGUACCGCCAGGUUGUUGAAGGUGUUCGAGAAAGGGCGGUCCUAUUAUCUCUCUGCUUAACCUCACGCGCUUUAUAUCUCGAGGCAUCUCGAGCACUUUACGCAAAGAUCGACUUGGAAGGCUACAGACAAAUCUCAGCUGCCUUCUGGACAUUUAAUUCGGCCUCUAGGUUUGUCGAAUUGGUCAAUGAGCUGACUCUACGAGUUGGAAAGGAUUAUAUCACUCUUCCUUUCCUCACUGGGCAAAUUGUCAACGCCAUCAAUCGGAUGUGCAAUUUAACCUUACUGGGUCUAACUUAUUUGUGGCCUUUGAGUUCCUCCGACAUGGCAACAUCCGCGCCAUGGGCGCCCUCGAACGAGGAGCAUUGCUUAGCUUGGACGUGUAACCUGAAGCUGCCUAAUAUCAACUCCCUUUCUCUCCAAACCGGAAUUUCUAUGCCGAUAGGAGAGCUCUUUGGAGAGCUACCAUUCCCUCUUCCUCGUCUCGAGACAAAUCGUCCAUUGUCUGUUGCGUAUAUAGGCGGGGUAGAGAGCGUGCGAUGCGAGAGAUUAUAUGGAUCGCGAGAGGAACCUUUGGUGCACUUAAGGGCGCUCGAAGUGUUGACGCUAGACACGUACGUAGACAAAAUGAUCACGCCAAACCUGGACACACUUGUCUACCUAUAUCCCUCAUUUAGGGAUCCUCAAGUGGCGUCCGAACCCAUAUUAUGGUACCUGAUACGCGGAUGCUUCGAUCAGCUUCAAAGGCUCGGACCUGUUUAUGGUGAAGAUCUCCAGUCUAUCCCUGACCUCUCGAGAAUAACUAAACUGACAUCUGUCGUAUUUUAUCUCCCCUUUGCGGCAUUCCGUGACUUUACAGCCUCGGAUGCACAUCAAUUAGCCCAAAGGAACCCCAAGCUCCGGAGGAUAGGAGUCUUGUCAACUCCUAGUCGUUUUAAUCUUUCAAAGAGAGCGAGGCUGUGGGAAUCCCGCUGUGGUGCGGCAUCGCCAACCAAGGGGGAUCUGAAAGACUCGUGGCGGUUGUUGGCGAGUUUCCGGGUCGGGCUUCCAGAGUGGGAGGCAACGAUAUGUAACCUUCUUUAUGACGUUCAUCCUAGCAAGUUUCUUGCCAAAGUCGUAGAUAUUGCAUAA